AUGGCCGUGUACUUAUCUAUGAAUAUAAUAGGAUUAUUUGGCCCAGCUGCAGCCACUGCUAUGGAGGACCUGCCUUAUGAUGCUCGCGGUAUUGCAUCAGGCCUUUUCCAACAAGGAUGUGGCACAGGCUAUUUGCUCGCGGCUGUGUUUUAUCGGGCAUUUGUGCCAACCACCAAACAUGGAUGGCGGAGUCUGUUCUGGUUCGGCGCUGCUCCCCCAAUCCUCAUCAUCAUUUUCCGUUGGUGUCUCCCGGAAACCCGUCAUUUCCAGGUCAUGAAGGCGGAGCGAGAAUCACGAAUCCAAGCAGAGGAGGCCGCAUUAGAGGGCAACCCGGAUAUCAAUACUACCCAUACAAUGCGGAACUCUCACGUCAGUGGUCUGCGCGCCUUCUGGAGGGAGUCCCGCCCUGGUCUGCAACAAAACUGGUUCUUAAUGGUCUAUCUCGUUGUAAUAAUGACUGGAUUCAAUUCGUGCUCUCAUGGCAGCCAGGACUUCUACCCAACGUUUCUCAAGGACCAGGUGGGAAAGACCUCAACUCAAACAACGGUCAUCAUCGUGGUUGGAAAUAUAGGUACCAUUAUCGGCGGUACACUUAUAGGGUGGAUUAGCACAUUCCUCGGAAAACGGUUGACGAUGAUUAUCGCCAGCUUUUUCGGUGCUGCACUCAUACCCGCCUACAUUCUACCCAGGUCAGAUGCUUUGAUUGCCUCUUCCUUUUGGCAACAGUUUUUUAUUGGUGGAAUCUGGGGACCUAUUCCCAUUCAUCUUUCGGAACUCUCUCCGCAGUCGUUACGAGGCUUAUUGGUGGGAUUGACCUAUCAGCUGGGUAACCUGGCUUCGUCUGCAUCGGCAACCAUUCAGGCGGUUAUUGGAGAGAAGUUCCCAUUGCCCGCUGGACCACAUGGAAAGAAACGGUUCGAUUAUGGAAGAGUCAUGGCCCUUUUCAUGGGGGCCGUAUUUGCGUUCUUGUUCAUUUUACUGCUCCUAGGGCCGGAAAUGUCUCAGGAAGAGAGAGACGAGGAAGAGCUGGCUUCGAGAGAGUUAGCGAGACAACAGAGUGAGGGGAAAACACUGGAGGAAAUUGGAAGGGAAAGGGCUGGGUUACCACAUGUCAAAGUUCUGGAUAUUGACGACGGCGACAAGGAAGAUGAAGCUAAGGAGUCAAUGGCCCAGCACAUGGAUAACGUAACACCGGAGAAGGCAGUUUAG